AUGGGGUGGUGGUACCGGUCUGUCCCGACUACGACACUGCCUGUGCCUGCUGGCCACAUGAGCCAGCCCAACAAUAGCGCCGCCAACGUGUCGAUCCUUCGGAUGAAGCGGGAGGGAACUGGCCUACGAUUUUACGACGCUGCCCGCAAACUGCCAGAGCGCACUCCCCGAUCGUGGAUUGCUCCUGUUCUUGCGGCUGCGGCUGUCCUGGGUGGUCUCCAACGUGCAGUACCCGCCACUAUCAAGACAAGAGCAGCUGGCCCUGAGUCCCACCCCCGCUGCCCCGGAUUCGAUAUUGCGGUCGCUGUGCCAGCCGGGGAUGCUACGUUGCAACCAUCAUCUCCCCUGUUAUUUCCUGCCUUCGGCCACUUACCGGACGCUGACCAGCACAAGUUUGCCAUUAAACGGCCAGAGGAGGGAGGUUGGUCCUCUGCUGCGGCCGGCAAAGGGAACUACAGCUCACUAUAUCAGCAUCAUCGUCUAAUUUUCAAGGCGGGCUGA